AUGACAUUGACCAAUCCAAUGCUCAGGUUCUCGAUUUCAAUAUUCAUCAGGAUGCAUCCAAAGCUCCAGCUCCGAUCAUGUGUCAACUUCACAUAUGAACAGUUGAAUACCUCGCUGACAUUAUUGAAUCCAACUGUGGAAGGGCCAGAAGAGGAAGAGGGUCAAUUUUCAACAAUCGAGUCUCUCUCCUCACGCUCACAUAUUACUGCACAUACUUGCCCUAUUCAGCAUUAUGUCCGUGCUACAUAUUUCCCAGUCAUGCUAUUCCAAAUUAGUUACAAGAACUACCAAUGUUAUGCAUUUCAAUCUUUGCGAGCUAUUUUCUUCCCAAUCACUGUCCACCGUUAA